AAACCCUAACCCUUAUAUAACCCCACAUCUUCUCGCCAACCAAAGGAACCACCUCCUCCACCAUCGCCCCCCAUCGAUCCAUCGUCUUCCCGAAACCCUAAUCCUUCUCCGAUGGAGCAGAUGGCGGCGGCGGUUCUGGGUGCCGACACGGCUCCCUUUGAAUCCCUCAUCGCUCAAUUGAUGUCCACUGCCAACGAUCAGCGAUCCCAUGCUGAAGCCCUCUUCAAUCACUGCCGCGAUCGCCACCCGGAUGUCCUCUCCUUGAAGCUUGCCCACCUUCUCCAUUCUUCCCCACAUCUUGAGCUCCGUGCCAUGGCCGCCAUCCUUCUUCGUAAGCUUCUCACCCCUGACUCUGACCCCUCGUCAUCCUCAUACCUUUGGCCUCGUGUCACCCCUUCUACCCAGUCCUCUCUCAAGACGAUCCUUCUUGCCGCCGUUCAGCGUGAGGACUCGAAAUCUAUUUCCAAGAAGCUCUGCGACACGGUCUCCGAGCUCGCCUCCGCCCUUCUUCCUGAUAACGCCUGGCCGGAGCUCCUACCCUUCAUGUUCUCCGCUGUCACCUCCUUGGAUUCCCCCCGCCUGGCUGAAUCCUCCCUCCUGAUCUUCUCCCAACUCGCUCAGUACAUCGGCGAGACAUUACUCCCCCACCUCGCCACCCUCCAUUCAGUGCUUCUCGCUUCGCUGUCGCACCCGUCAUCUCCGGACGUCCGGAUCGCUGCCCUCAAUGCUGCGAUCAACCUCGUCCAGUGCCUGCCUAGUGCGCAGGAGCGUGACCAGUUUCAGGAUUUGCUCCCCGCUAUGAUGCGCACUCUCACCGAGGCGCUGAACUCUGGGCAGGAGGCUACUGCGCAGGAGGCGUUGGAAUUGCUCAUUGAACUUGCUGGCACUGAGCCUCGCUUCCUCCGCCGCCAGCUCACUGAUGUUGUCGGCGGGAUGUUGCAGAUUGCAGAGGCUGAUGGACUUGAGGAGGGUACCCGGCAUCUUGCUGUUGAGUUUGUGAUAACCCUUGCUGAGGCAAGAGAACGUGCCCCUGGCAUGAUGAGGAGGCUGCCACAGUUUGUGGGGAGACUUUUUGCUGUGCUUAUGAAGAUGCUACUUACUAUUGAGGAUGAGCCUGCAUGGCAUUCAGCAGAACCUGAUGAUGAGGACGCUGGUGAGACCAGUAACUACAGUGUAGGACAGGAAUGCCUUGAUAGGCUAUCAAUUGCCCUUGGGGGUAACACGAUCGUUCCUGUGGCUUCUGAGCUACUCCCGGCCUAUCUUGCUGCUCCUGAGUGGCAGAAGCAUCAUGCUGCACUUAUAACACUUGCCCAGAUUGCGGAAGGUUGCUCCAAGGUGAUGAUAAAGAAUCUUGAACAAGUGGUUAAUAUGGUCUUGAAUUCUUUCCAAGAUCCUCAUCCUCGUGUCCGCUGGGCAGCAAUCAAUGCUAUUGGGCAGUUGUCCACCGAUUUAGGCCCAGAUUUGCAGGUUCAGUAUCAUCAGAGAGUGCUGCCUGCUCUAGCUUCGGCCAUGGAUGAUUUUCAAAAUCCUCGUGUACAGGCACAUGCUGCUUCAGCAGUCUUAAAUUUCAGUGAGAACUGCACCCCGGAGAUAUUGACUCCUUACUUGGAUGGAAUUGUUGGCAAAUUGCUUGUAUUGCUGCAGAAUGGGAAGCAGAUGGUCCAAGAGGGAGCUUUGACAGCUUUAGCAUCAGUUGCUGAUUCCUCUCAGGAACACUUCCAGAAAUACUAUGAUGCUGUUAUGCCUUAUCUGAAGGCAAUUUUGAUGAAUGCAACUGACAAAUCUAAUCGAAUGCUUCGUGCCAAAUCUAUGGAGUGCAUUAGUUUGGUUGGGAUGGCUGUGGGCAAGGAUAAGUUCAGGGAUGAUGCUAAACAGGUAAUGGAAGUGCUAAUGACAUUACAAGGAUCUCAGAUGGAGGCAGAUGAUCCAAUAACAAGCUACAUGUUGCAAGCAUGGGCUAGGCUCUGCAAGUGCCUAGGGCAAGAUUUUCUACCAUACAUGAGUGUCGUCAUGCCUCCCUUGCUUCAGUCUGCUCAGCUUAAGCCAGAUGUGACCAUUACAUCUGCGGAUUCUGAUGAUGAAAUAGAUGAUUCAGAUGAUGACAGUAUUGAGACCAUCACGCUUGGAGAUAAAAGAAUAGGCAUAAGGACUAGUGUUUUGGAGGAAAAAGCUACCGCUUGUAACAUGCUUUGUUGCUAUGCCGAUGAGCUCAAGGAGGGGUUUUACCCGUGGAUUGAUCAGGUUGCUCCUACUUUGGUACCACUUCUCAAGUUUUAUUUCCACGAAGAAGUUAGGAAGGCUGCUGUAUCAGCUAUGCCAGAAUUACUGCGGUCAGCUAAGUUAGCUGUGGAGAAGAGGCAAGCACUAGGUCGUGAUGAAUCAUAUGUUAAGCAGUUAUCUGAUUAUAUAAUUCCAGCCCUGGUUGAAGCUCUACAUAAGGAACCAGAAACGGAAAUUUGUGCAAGCAUGUUGGACUCAUUGAAUGAGUGCAUACAGCUUUCUGGACCACUUCUAGAUGAAGCCCAAGUGAGAUGUAUAGUGGAUGAAAUCAAACAUGUGAUCACAGCAAGCACAACCAGGAAAAGGGAAAGAGCAGAGCGAACAAAAGCAGAGGAUUUUGAUGCGGAAGAAGGGGAACUGUUGAAGGAAGAAAAUGAACAAGAAGAAGAAUUGUUUGAUCAGAUUGGUGAUUGCUUGGGAACCUUGAUCAAAACCUUCAAGACUCCCUUCCUGCCAUUCUUUGAUGAGCUCUCGGUGUACAUAACGCCUAUGCUGGGCAAGGAUAAAUCACCCGAGGAGAGAAGGAUUGCUAUUUGUAUUUUUGAUGAUGUUGCAGAACAAUGUCGUGAAACAGCUCUAAAGUAUUAUGACACCUACCUCCCAUUCCUAUUAGAAGCUUGCAAUGAUGGUAGUCCAGAUGUCAGACAGGCUGCUGUCUAUGGUAUUGGUGUCUGCGCUGAGUUUGGUGGUUCCGCCUUUCGGCCUCUUGUUGGAGAGGCUCUCUCCAGGUUAAAUAAUGUCAUAAAACAUCCUGAUGCACUUCAAUCGGACAAUGUGAUGGCAUAUGACAAUGCUGUUUCAGCUCUGGGAAAAAUAUGCCAGUUUCACAGGGAUAGUAUUGAUGCUGCUCAGGUGGUUCCUGCCUGGUUAAGUUGCUUGCCCAUAAAAGGCGAUUUGAUUGAAGCCAAAGUCGUACAUGAUCAGCUUUGCACCAUGGUUGAAAGAUCUGAUAGGGAGCUUUUGGGCCCUAACAACCAGUUUCUUCCUAAAAUAGUGUCAGUUUUUGCAGAGGUUUUAUGCGCCGGCAAGGAUUUGGCAACUGAACAGACUGCCAGCAGGAUGGUCAAUCUUCUAAGGCAGCUUCAGCAGACACUGCCACCAAAUGUUCUUGCAUCAACCUGGUCUUCGUUGCAGCCUCAGCAGCAGCUCGCCCUGCAAUCCGUGUUGUCCACAUAGCAUAUACGCAUUCAGGUCAUGGACUCAUAGCAUUGUGAACUGUCUGUUACUUUUCUUGGUCAGUUUGUUUACUAUAUUUCCUGUUCAUUAUUACCCAUUCUUUAUAUUUUCCAAUUACUUGGUUGUGGUUUUUAAUCUUCUUUUUGGUGCGAUGUGGAAAUGUAUUAUUGUUUGGUUGAGUCAGAGUUGAACCCUCUUGAAAGGAUGCUACAAAAGUUUUGGUGAAUGAUGUGUAUAAUAUGGACAGCGUUUAUUGCCUA